AUGAAAUAUCCAGUAUUGGCGAUUUUCCUUGUGGUUAUUUUUGGCCAAUUUACCACCGGUGCACCUAUUCCUGAAAUUGAACUUUCCAUGGAGCUCUCUAACACACGCGAAAACCAAGUUAUACUUUCUACAGAACACGAUUCCUCAAUAAGUGAAUACCAACUAUCAUCAAUUGAGCUUCCAUCGAUUGAGCCUCCAUCAAUUGAAAUUCCAUCAAUUGAACUUCCGUCAUUUGAAUUCCCAUCAUUUAAAUUUGAAGAUGUCAAUAUUGUUCUGAUCGUUAUCGGAAUUAUUGGAAUAUUGGUUAUUUUAUGGUUUACUAUUCCUGCCAUUAUUACCGCUAUAAUUCAUGCAAUAGGAUUCGGUGUUACAGGAAUAGCGAAAGGGAGUUACGCCGCCGCACUUAUGGCUAGUUAUAGUGGACAUGUCUUCGUUCGAAGUCUUUGCGCUAUACUACAGAGUGUUGGUGUUUUAGGGAUAUCAGGAUUCAAAGGGUUGUUUAUACUAAUUGGUAAACUCUUGAUGUUAUUUUUACGCACAAUAUUUUGUUGUUGCUUGUGA